GCCCCUGCUCUCUAUUUAACUCCGCCGGGUGCUUCGCGCACGCUGGACCGGCGCGCCAUCGCACACCAUGCCUCCGCGUGAGAAAACCCAGCCGCACAGCAAGCCCUUCAAGCUGAGGAAGAGCUUAGCUGUGAGGAAACAAGAAGUGGCGGGCAUCAGGGCCAAGUUCCCCAACAAGAUCCCGGUCAUCAUUGAGAGGUACGACAAGGAAAAGUAUCUCCCUCCUCUGGACAAAACCAAGUUCCUGGUUCCGCAUGAGCUCACCAUGACCCAGUUUGUCACCAUCAUCAGGAAUCGGAUGGCGCUGCUGCCCAGUCAGGCUUUCUACCUGCUCAUCAGCAACAGCGGGCUGACCAGCAUGUCUCUCACCAUGGCCCAGGUGUACAAAGACCACCAGGAUGAGGACGGCUUCCUCUACAUGACCUACGCCUCGCAGGAGAUGUUUGGACACUGAAGCUUCAUCCUGCUUCAGACUUUUAUUCCCUGUUACAGGCUGUGUGCCUCCAGCUGCUGUAAAUACAAAAGAGUGUGUGUAUAUAUUGUAAUAUUUGUUCUACAUGC